CGACUUCAGCAACAAAACAAACAUAAAAAAGUAAUCAAAACUAUGCUCUUAAUUCCAUCACCAUCCUCAGUCACAACCCUCUUCUCCAAAACGCUCCUCAAUCUCAAUUCCCGCACGCUCCUCCGCACAAUGACCUCCACUCCUCACGCCUUCGCCGGAAAUCCCAUACGAUCAAAAACCCCCAAACCGUCGGACCCCGUUUCCCCCCAAUCCGCGAUCCAAACCCUCAAAACCCUCCUGAUUUCGGGUCAAACCGGCCCGGCCUCGCCCGAUUUCAGAAUCCUGCCGUUUAGGAAGGGCAGGCCGCUGGCCGGAUGGACGACGGAGGGGCUGAAUUGGCAUCUCGGCUGGCUCAGCCUGGGUGAGUGCAAGGCGUAUUUGGAGAAUUCGGAAGCGGCUCGGCUUGAAGACGACGCGUUUGUUUACUUGGGGUGUAGGAAUGAGAUUGGGGAUGAUGAUGAUGUGGUGUAUUGGGCGGUGGAUGUGUCGGAGGUGAGUGAGCUGGUUAAUGAGCUGGGAGCGAGGCAUUUUUGCUUUGUGGAGCUGAGGACUCUGAUGGUUGCCACUGAUUGGGCUGAUUCCACGGCCAUGGGUUACCUUGCUAUAGCAGGGCAUGCCCGAGCUUUGCUUGAAUGGCACAACACAGUGCGCUUUUGUGGAUAUUGUGGAUGUCAAACAGUUUCUGCUGAGGCUGGGAGACGGAAACAGUGCUCAAACGAAUCAUGCAAAAAGAGGAUUUAUCCUCGUGUCGAUCCAGUGGUUAUAAUGUUAGUGAUCGAUAAAGACAAUGAUUGCGUCUUGUUAAGUAGGCAAUCGAGAUUUGUCCCUCGCAUGUGGAGUUGCCUUGCUGGAUUUAUAGAGCCAGGAGAAAGCUUAGAAGAGGCGGUAAAGAGAGAAACAUGGGAGGAGACUGGCAUUGAAGUUGGUGAAGUUGUCUAUCACAGUUCUCAGCCAUGGCCUGUUGGACCUGGCAGCAUGCCAUGCCAACUAAUGGUCGGUUUCUUUGCGUAUGCUAAAACAUUUGAGAUCAAUGUGGAUAAGGAAGAGUUAGAAGAUGCUAAAUGGCAUAGUCGAGAAGAUGUGACAAAAGCUCUCACAUUUGCUGAAUACAAGAAGGCACAGAUGACAGCAGCAGCUAAAGUAGAGCAAAUGUGCAAAGGGGUGGAAAAGGGGCAGAACUUAUCUGGAGAUUUCAAUGUCGAAAGUGGGGAACUAGCUACCAUGUUCAUACCUGGGCCCUUUGCGAUUGCUCAUCAUCUCAUCUCGUCUUGGGUAAAUCGAGUUCCGGUUAAUGGCAUCGAGGCACAUAAACAAGCUUCAGGUUCACUAUCGAAUCUAUAAAGUCUGGAAUUUAAAUUAGGUAUAAAGGAGAUUGAUGCUCCCUUAUAUGGUUAUUUCCUCAUUCCUAGUUUCUUAGAUCUAAGGCUAUGAAAUACGUUGGGCAAUCAGCUCUGUCGGGACAAUCAACAAGAAUGGUUCGCACAUCAACUUCCACUGAGGUUCCGGCUUCAUGAACUGUGUCUCGAAAGUCUAUUAUACGGUAAAGAGCCAGAAUCAAGCAUCCUCAUUGUUGUUAUUGAAUUUUGUAACUUGGUUCAUUCAUAGUUACACUACACUUACACCAGUUGCUUUUGUUUUCAAUGGAAAUUAGAUGACAGAUGCAAGUACAGUGAACAUAGCUGAUGGUAUGUAAAAUUGUUUGUUUUGUAUUUAAACUAUGUAGCAAUUCAAUGAGCCUUCGUGUUCUUUUCUCA